AUGGAGAAGGCGCAGGCGGGGAAGCUGCAGCCGAAAGGCUUCAAGAAGAAGAUCGGCCGGGUCUUCCAGCGCAGCAGGUCAACCGGAGAGCAGGAGGAAGAUGCCCAGAGCGAGUGCAAGGACUCGCAGGCUGCCAGCCACAAGAAGAGAAGCUGGGGCUCCUGGCGACGGAAGAAGGCUCGGACGCCCACCAGCCCGCUGCCGGCUGGAGGAGACGGGCGCGAUCUCGCCUCUGCAAACACCGUAACAUCCAUCCACACCAAUGAUUGCAAUGAAGGUGAACAAGCCACAAGGGACUCUGAAGAGGUGCACAACAAUGAACAGGUAGUAGACACUAUUCAAAGCACAAAGCUGGAACCCAAAAGUCCCAAAAGCCCAACUGGAAAAUCUAGCAAGUUUCAAAAUAAUCGUUUUCCAAGCUCCGGAAAGGCGGAAGAGGGCAAAAGAAGCCAAGUGCUGGAUUAUUUGGGAGGGAUUUUUACUUCUAGUAGGAAAAAAAGUGUGAAAGCGUCAUCUGCAGUGCCUUUAAGCCCAGGUAAUUCUGUUGAGGAAUCUACUCCAGCAACAAAAGACUUAAGUUCUCCUGGGCAAAGCUCAAGUAACAUUCAGGGUUCAGGAUCUUCCAAAGACCAUGGGAGUGAAGGACUGACUGAGGCUGAUGUCCUUGACCGAAAUCUAGCAGAGAUAUGUUCAGCUUCUCCGGAUGAAAGUUGCCCAGUUGCUGUCUCAAGCGAUCCGGGCGAACGGUCUGCAAGUUUGUCUGAAAAUAAGAAAUUCACAGUAAUUGGUAGAGUCUCAGAUAGAGACCCCAGGCCCAAAGGUCUUGAAAAGCAGUUCUGUAUUGAAGUUGUGCGUAGUAACCGAACAGAAGUUGGAAGUGAUGUGUUAAAUGUAUUGGUAAAUAAGGGGGAACCUUCAUUCACGUCAGGCUCUGGAGAUGCAAGUUUGCAACGUAUUGACAGAACUGUAAAGGAGUGUGAAGCUGCUAAACUCAGUGAUACAUCCCAGCACACCCAACCAAAGAAUGACAGCAAAUUUGUAAAUAGUGACAGACUUACUGAAGGCCAGUGCGAUUGUGAAGGGGAUGAGAAAUGCAUAGAUCUACCAGCCAUAAAGGAAUAUGCUUUGCCAAUAUCUGAGAUUGUGAGAAUUGAACGGGUAGCCGGAGUUGCUGAAAUUACCAUAAGCCCACGUAGAGCCAAAGUAGAUUCCGGUAUAAAGUUGUCAAAAGCAUCUGUUUUGUUGCCCAUUAAUAGCAUUGGUGUGGAAUUCAAAGGGUUGGAAAAGCCAUUGAAAGAAGAAGAAGACAAACAGUUGAACCAUUCCACACUUCCAGAGUUUAAAAAGGAUAUAAAAAAUCACAGUAUUUCUGAAAAAACAAAGUUUACACCUGACGUGGCAAAGCAACAGUUACUCAAAGUUGAGAGUCACGCUGCAGAUAACCCAUCAGGAGAAGAAUCAAAUACCGAUAAACCUAUUUCUAAUUCUCACACUAAUGCAAAAUCUUUUAAAAGUACAGUGGAAAGGUCAAGCAGUUUGGAGUUAGACUUUGGAUUAACGCUGGUUAAUUCCUUUGAAAUGGAUAAGAAGUCACCCCCUGAUGGGAAACCAGGUGGAAAAAAGGGAAAAAGGAGACGGUCUGUGAAAUCUAAUCAGUCUGGUAGGAACGCUGUGAAUGCAGAAGCUGAUGCGAUUGAAGAAAGCUUUAACCAGGAUGACUCUGAGAUAAAUGAGGUGAACCUGACACAACAGUCUCCUAAAGUCCCAGGUAAAAUGUUGCAGUCACCAACACAAGGCACUCCGCCAUUAGUCCGCAGGAAAACAUUACCUGAGUCUGUUCUGUCUGCUGAAAGAUCUGCAGAAGCUAUUUCCAAACCAGUUGUAUCAAGAAAGAAGUCUUCUCAAAGGACAUCUUUCAGUCCAUCUCCAGAUAAUGAGGCAAAAUCCCCAAAGAUCGGCUCUUUGGAAAAGACAUCAAGUGGAGACGCCCAACAAAAUGUGGGAAACAGCAACAUUCAUCACAGUGUGCUUACAGAGGAAUCUCAUGCUGACAUGGAAAGGCUGAAAACUCAGAAAAUGAAUAAUGCAAAAGGAAAAAGUAACCCCCAGAAUGUAAUUACUUCACAACUCCAUUCCACAGUGACGACAAGAAUAAGGCUUCCAUCAAACGAAAAGGAAGGGGAAUCGGAUGCCCAGAUCAAGCCAAGCCAGCUGAAGAGCUGCGCUGAAAUCAGAACUGAGGAAGAGGAAACCAUCAGAGUUACGCUACCUAAAAGAAAGAAUGCUACAAGCCACCACAAAGUCGACUUCUGCACCGUUAAAAAUCUGCCUUUAGCCUCCGCCUCAAAUAAAACGUGCGUCGGGAGUCUAACGAUCCAACUGCAAAACAAAUCUGCCAGACGGACAGACGGCACUUUAACAGUAAUCGGUAAAAGACAGCCAAGUGCUUCCAGGAAUGCUGAGGCAGCUGCUGGAGUAAAGGCGGACGCAGGGCCUCAAGCUGAUGAAAUAGCCAAAGCAAACGCGGAUGGCGCACAGCAUAUUUCUGACAGAGUGCACAGAACUGAAGGAGAGAAGACUGCAGGUGUCCAUGUGGAAACUGAUCGAUCAGAGGAAAGGGGCUCAGUUGAGACAGGAUUUUCAGGGUUGUGUGGAUAUAGUGAUGUGAAAAGCCAGUCACCUUCUGUGGAUAUGCAAACUUCUGAAAUAAGUUUAUCCGAGGUUGAGAAGGGCGUCUCCUCACAAAGUUUUAAAAAACAUCAGGACCAGGUAGAUACAGGCAAGUCCCCUCCAGACCCAGCAGUGGAAGCGCCCACAGCUUUAUUGUCUGAUGAGAACAAGGAUGCAAGCCAUGAUCUUAAUCAAGGGAAGAGGUCAAGUAAUGUGGUAGUCAGAACUGUGGUAUUGGCACAGCGGCGUCUACCAUCAACAGGUGAUGCAGCUUUGCUGCAGGCUUCUGAAAGCAUCAUGCCUGAACUGGAGGAGAAAGACCACGCGAAAGCUGCCGAUGAGGGGCCUACUGGUGCAGGUAAGCUUGCUCAAGAGCGUACGCCAGUGUUGCGAGCUAGUGACUGCAAAGCACAGAACUCAGUUCCUCAGCCCAAGGACACGUCUGGAAAAGCUGAAUCCGAAAGCAAGACAGACACAAAUGCCAGCCAUGCUACUGAGCAACAGGGACGCUUGGGUACUUCAGCAGCUAUAAAGUUAAGCACAUUACAGACGCAGGCAAAAGAAACUAAGAAAAUGGAUGCACUUGCAAGUGAUGGUGCCUUACCUUUGCAAGUGGAGCCAGUGGACUCAGAGCAUAAGGAAAAAGAAACCGGUCUGGUGUCAUCUUUCUGUGAACAAGUGUCCAAAAUUAACACUGACAUCUCUGCGGGUAUUAUCACUGACAGCAAACCAGGAUCUACCGAAGCAGAAACGGGCCCUGAUUUCCCUUCACAGCAGAAUGUGUCUCUGCUCCACUGUCAUGGUUCGGAACUGAAGAAGAAAGCAUCUCUCCAAACUGUGCAGGCACUUAAACCCACGGAGGUUGUAGUUGACAAAGCAUCGGCAAGGAGUUCUAAUGAGCAAAACGAUAACUUUGAAACGAAGAAUGGAUCCCUUGAGCCUCCACAGACUAUUAAAAGCAGUGUGUCCGAGGCGGAAAAGUGUGCUACAAGAAACAGUGUUACUGAACUGCAGGAAUCUUGGGCUACUGCAGCAACUGAUGACGCCAUGCCUGUAAAGUUGAAUUCACUACAGGUGGAGCCUGGAAAAUCUGAGGCAAAGGAUAGCUCACCUCAAAGUGUUGAAAUACCCAAAACACAGAAUGAAGCACAAACAAGCUUACCAGGGGAUGCUGCCCCAGCUUUGCAAAUGAAUGACACGACACACGUGUGUGAUCAAGCCCCUAACAUUAAGACUGAUACUGUAGCAAGUGCUGUUGGUGGCAUUGUAUCAGGGCCCAGUGAAGUAACACUGGGGCCUGCACUGCCUUCACAACAGAUCGCUCCAACAAUUCAAAGUGAUGACUCUGAAAUAUCCAAGGCAGAAUCACUUCAAAGUACACCAGCUUUUGAAACCACAAAGGCCGAAACUAGCAACGAAGAACCAGUGGAGUUUUCUAAGGGGCAAGUUAACGACUGCAAAACAAAUGCACCUCCUGAGUCGAGGCAAAUCUCUGAAAACACUGUGUCUGAAAUGGGAAAUGGCAGGAAUCCAGGUACUGUUCUUGGGCAGCAGGAAAGCAGAUUGCCUGCAGUGUUAGCUUCCCCACAGACGGUCCAAAGAGAAAAUGAAAAAACGAAGACGUCACCUCAGAGUGUAGAAGUGUCAGAUAUGUUAACCAGUGCCGACAGUAAUCUAGCGAUUAAUCAAGGGAUGGCCAACUUGCCACUUAGAGAGAGUGAGGCAAACGAUGCAUCCGUUCGUUUACAGACCUCUACCACGGAGCCUUCAAUUGGGAAAGAUGUUCCUGCUAAUGGUGUUGGUGACACUGAAACAAAACUUGUCCAACCUUUAGAGCAGGACCUAUCCAUAUUAGAAAACGGAGGUAUUGAUAAAAAUAGCACAGCCUCUUCCCAGAGUGUACAGCCACCUGGGACUGCCGAAUCUGACCAAAAUGAGGCUUCUUCUCCAAGGACUGCUUUGGAGCAAAAUGGUGGUUCAGAGGUGACACCCAACAAAUUGGGCCUGCCCCUCUUAUCAAGCACACCUAAAGUACAUCGGGAGGUGGAGUCAAAGAGUGCAAAUCCAGCUUUGAAUUGGGAGACACCGGCAAGAAAUUUAUGCGGAGAAAAAGAUGCCUUUGCAACAGAUGCACUUGGGGAAAGGACAGAGGUCGGUGCAUCGACAAAUGCACAAAGUAUAGAAGUAUCACAACCAAGCAAAGCUAGUGUAAAGGAAUCAUCCGUUGUCAUUGAUACGUGUACAGAUAAAGUGAAUGUGGACCUGGAGUCAACAACGAAUGGCACUACGACAGCCUCAAUAUCCCAGCAAGAAAGUGAAAUCACGGUUUCUUUCAACGAAGGCAGUAGCUUGGACAGCUCUUCUGACAUGGAUAGCUUUACGGAAACAAUUCGUCGAUAUGGCAAUCCCAUUCAACUCCAAAAGAGGCAGCGGGUUCCUAAAGUGCCUUUGACACCACCAUUCGCCAUGCCACCAAUCCAGGAAGAUCAACCAUCACCAAAAAAGGAGAAGAAAUUUGACCCAAGUACAUUCAAGUUCGGUUUAAUGAGAAAAAGUAUCCGACAAAGUGAAGCACCCUCCAGUCUCCUCAAAAUGCAACAAAUUGAAACAAAAUCAAAAGUAGUUAAACGUGUAUCUGCUGAGCAGAGCUUGCUCUUUAAAACCCUAGCUAAUAAGAAGCCGCUAUUUAAAAAAGAUGAUCGUGUGCAGGAUGAUCUUGCCUCUGCAUCUGACAGCAAGAGAUCACGUUUAGAGAUGGGAAAGACACUUGGCCAAACAUCCAGUUUAUUAACUGGACCUGCGACAUCUGCUGAUACCUCUCCAUCAUUACAGAAAAAUUACACUGAUAAAGAGCUUGAAUGUGAUUUGUCAAAUACGACCUCUUCAGAGAUCCCAUCACCAGCUAACACAGAAAAAUGCUUGAAAUCCAAUACCUCUGAAAAUGAAAGUAAUUCUCUUUCUGUGUCAGAAAAAUAUUCGGAAAGUGGUUCAACCAUCCCUAAUUUGAAACCGAAUCUCUUGGAAAUUGAUACAAAUUUUGGGGCUAGUGUGAACACAAGUGAAUCAUUUAAUGAACUCACAUUCCAGGGGCUGGACUUUCUGCAUCGUGAUCGGAAUCCUCUAAGCUUAUUUGGUACCGACCUGUUUACUCCCAAGUGUGAUUUUCCCAAUCAGCCAGAUACUGAGAUACCUGAAAUGGAAAAUGUAAGAUUAAACUCUAGACCUGGAAAGAUUGUCAUCUAUAGUGAGCCCAGACUUAAUGGAGAAGCUUCUGAAUACUUUCAUGAUGUUCAGGAUGCUACGUCCUUAAAGUUGUCCUCUGAAAUUUCUAUUAGAGUAGUAAGAGGCUGUUGGCUUCUUUACGAGAAACCAAACUUCGAAGGUAGCAGAGUUGCUCUGGAGGAAGGUGUAGUGGAGCUGACAGAUAUUUGGAGAAAGGAGGAGAAUGAAGGCAAUGCAUCAAUCUGUAAUGAAUCUGUUAUUGGAUCGAUAAGGAGAGUAACUAAGGAAUGGUGUUUGCCUGAAAUAAAUUUAUGUACGGAGCUGAAUGGUUUGGGAAGAAGGACAACACACUUUGAUGAAAUGGAGGAAAUACAGACAUAUGGGAUUCUGGAACCGACAUUAUCCCUUGAAGUAAUUUCAAGCACAUGGCUGCUCUUCGAAGAGCCCUUCUAUCAGGGAAAUUCUUACAUUGUGGAACCUGGUCAGUAUCCUUGCCCAGAAUCUUGGGAAGCUACGGAUCCAUACAUCGGCUCGCUAAGACCAUUAAAAAUGGGUGCAUUAAAAGUAGAAAACCUUCAUGAACACAAGGUAAUCAUAUAUGAAAAACCAUUGUUUGAAGGCAAACAGCUGGAAAUAAAAACAGAUGUAUUCAGCUUCACUGAAGAUGAUGAGUCAGCUUUGUGCCACACGUAUCCGUUUGCAAAUAUUGGAUCCAUGAAAGUUUUAGGAGGAUUUUGGGUUGGUUAUGAGAAACCAGGCUUUCAAGGUCAUCAGUAUGCACUUGAGGAAGGGCAGUAUAAAGCAUGGACUGAAUGGGGAGGCUACAACAGACACCUACAAUCUUUGCGGUUUAUCCAUGUUGACUUGUCAAAUCCAGCCAUGAUAAUGUACAGUGACACAAACUUUUCUGAAAAAUGUGGAAGCAUUGAAGUAGUAGGGCCUGUCCCAAUCUUGGAGGAGACUGACUACGGAUUGAGGACAAUGUCCAUAAAUGUUCUCAGUGGAACCUGGGUUGCAUACGAGAAUUCUGAUUUCACAGGAGAGCAGUACAUUCUGGAAAAGGGGCUAUACAGUACCUUUGAAGACUGGGGGGCAAGAAAUUCUACCAUCGCUUCAGUUCAGCCUGUUGUAGUGGAUGCAGUGGAUAGUGAACUGUCUAAAUUUAAGGUGAAAUUCUUUUCUGAGCCUGAAUUUCAAGGAAGCGUACAAAUCUUUGACAUGGAUGCAGUCCAAUUUCCUGAUGGUUUUUCACCCAAGUCCUGUGAAGUUCUAAGUGGCAGCUGGGUAGUUUUUGAUGCAGAGGAUUUCACUGGGAGACAAUACGUACUUGAGGAAGGAACCUACCCUGACUUGGCAGCUAUGGGCUGUUUAGUUGAUACGUGUAUCAAAUCCGCACAGACAGUAAACUUUUGUUUCUCAAUGCCAGGCAUAAUACUCUUUAUGCGAGAGAAAUUUGAAGGAAAGAGAGUUGAGUUGAUCUCGGAAGUGUUGAAUCUGAAAUUAGGAGGAUAUAAUACUCGUGUUUCUUCAGUCAAAGUUAAUGGUGGAAUGUGGGUCGUUUAUGAAGGCAGUAACUACAGAGGUCAACAGGUAUUGCUCCAGCCCAGUCAGAUACCCAAUUGGCAUCAGCACACUGGAUGGCAUGUGAUUGGUUCUCUGCGUCCGCUGAUUCAGAGGCGAGUAUACUUCAGGGUGCGAAACAGAGGCACUGGAGCAUUCCUGACUUUGACUGGAGAACUGACUGAUAUGAAAAUGAUUCGAAUACAGGCCUUGGAAGAGUCGGGCACGGAUGAUCAAAUCUGGUUCUACCAGGAAGGGUACAUCAAAAACAAGAUAGGAGAAGAUUGUUGCUUGGAUGUAGCGGGAAGCUUGCUUGGCAUAGGUUCAAGACUGGGGAUUUCACUACUCCACAGUAAAGACAUUCACAUCUGGAGCAUCGAUUCCGACGGAGUCAUAUGGAAUUGUAUCAGGACUGACUUGGUUAUCGACAUUAAAGGAGGUCAGCAUUAUGACAAGAACCAAACCAUUCUCAGCACAUUUGAUGAGGUUCGGCCAACGCAGAGGUGGGACCUGGAUAUCGUUUGAUUCUUUCAAGGUGGAAACAGAAAUGAAAAAUCGUGAAGCACUUUCUAAGCACUGUGCAUAAGUUGUCUACUGUCAGUGCAAUGUAAUAUUUUCAAAGUAAAUUCAGUAACAACUGCCAUCUGCUUUUUGUUACAUUAUAAUCUUUGUAAGGUCAUAAGCAUUCUUACAUUUAGUUCAUGCGUUGGGAACUGGCUGUUUUUGUUUAACUGAGAAAAUCUCAUUCCUGGUGCAAAAUAUGCUGAAACAUUUUUAAAUACUAUUUAUAAUUGACUAACCCUGCUCACUGGUUUUACUGAACACUGGAAAUCUCUUCAGGAAAUGGGUAUAAUAACUUCUCUGGCAAAUUAAUGCAUUGGGAUGAAGAUACAGUUUUGCAACGAUCCCCGCUUGACAUUGUAAUUGCUGUUGAUGGUGGGUCAUAAAUAUGAGGUUAUUCAUGCAGAAUUGAAUAUCCGUAAUAUUGGAUGUUCGUAACUGUGCUUGUGCUACCUUGGUUUGUACAAACCAUUAAAAGUUCAGGAUGUAUUUUUGGUGUGAGAGAUGGAUGUUUGAUUUGCUCUGCACAGAUUACUACUGUGAUGGUUCUGUGUUUUUUUUUUGGAAAAGAAAUUGAAAAUGAGAAUUGGUGUUAAAGUUUUAAGAACCUUUUUUUUUGCAAGUGGUUCUAGUUCCUUAUUAUGACUUUCACUUUGUGGCUGAAUUUUGAACUUUGGUUCGAUUUAAAAUCCAACCCUUUUAUCAUUUGCAUUGAAAAAAGCUUUUGAACAACUGUGAUACAGUUGCUGGCCAACACAGCCACAAUUUGCAAAUAUACAGAUUUUAAAAAGUAAAUUUCAUAUUGACCACCUGAAGACAAUUUAACAUGGUGAUGUGUAUAUCAUAUCAUCACUAGUAUCUUUGUAGGAUGUUGAGAGUUGUUAUGGGCAGGCCCAGCAAUUCCUUCUAUGUUACGGAGACAGUGGAUGUUCAAAUGACGAUAUUGUUUGAUAAAUUGCAUCAGGGAUCAUCAUAAACACUUUCACCUUAAAGGUUUUGUAACCUUUUAAUCACUCAUACAUUUCUUUUUGUACUUUAGCAAAUGAACUGGGGGCUGUAUUAUCUUUAAUAUUGGGUAUGAUGGUACUUUACCUUUAUUAUCCUCUUCCUCAUUUUUAUCAACUCAACUAUUUCAACACUUGUUUGUGCCGUAAACUCGGAUAAAUACUUGUAUAACCAUCUUAUUUAGAGUUAUUUUGGUAAAUGAAAAACAGACAAUAUUUUAUUUCCAUUUCACUGUACAGUACAUAGUUGCUACGAUCAGCGACAGUACUACUGUGUUUGUUGUUUUGAAAUGCUUAUGCAAAAGCUGCAAAAUAAAAUAAUUCAUUCUCCA